AUGGGCAAGAAGACCAACUGGACGACGACCGAAGAUCAAACGCUGUGUCGUGUGUGGUUAAGCGCGAGUGAUUUACAACUGCAUGGUGUAGAACAGAAGGCUUCUAAUUUUUGGAAUGUGGUGAUGGAGUUGUUUCAUCAGGAGUUGGGGUCUCCAGUCGAGCGGCCACUCAAUGGACUUAAAGUGCGUUGGACUCGCAUUAAUCGCGACUCGCAGAAAUUUGCAUCUAUUUUCAAUGAACUGCAGAAUAAACGGAUGAAACAGGCUGAAGAAAGUGGAAAUGAUUCGUCUACAGAAGUGGCUUUACUGACGGAGCAGCCGUGGAUCGAUGACGCCAAGAUUAUUUUCCAUCGGAUUUACAAUACGAAAUUCGCUUUUGAACCCUGUUGGAAGCAGUUACGGUAUUCUCCCAAGUGGGUGCAAUUGUUUGCGAAUUCUAGCAAUUACCCAGUGCUUGCAAUGAAUGCAUUGCCAGGUACGCCCGAUGUAGCGACGGAGGAGUCUACACAUGCAGAAGCGCUUUCUGACGAUACCAGUAGUGAACUAGAGACGACAGAGAAUCCUACAUUGCCAUCUACGGAACCGAAAGUGGAGAUCUCGGUGCCUUCUAUUAAUGAGACAACGACGUCUCCUAUGGACGCAGUAGCUACUGCUACUCAAGUGUCCGAUACGAACGCAUACGUCGUUCCUCCUAGUCACAAAAGGCGCGCAGAUGUACCACUCGAAUCGUACGCACAAAUCGCCAACCAAAAUCAGCUGCAAGGACUUACCAGUACGUUGGUUCAUGAGCUCAAGCGACAGAAUGACUUGAUAGAAGAUCAGAACACCAUCGCGUUGCUCAAGAUCAACGGCGAAAUGAUCGUGGAUGCAGACACUCGACAAUGCUAUCAACUGUUACGAGCUCGUUAUCUCGAGAAAGCACGCAAUAAUAGUCGACCUAGUACGCUAGUAUAA